AUGGUUGAUGGAGUUUCUGAUGGUGUAAUUGGUAGAGGCACUGAUGGAAUCUGUGGAGGUAAUGUUGAUGGAGAUUCAGGUGAAAAUAUUGGAGAAUGUACUGGUGAAGUCUGUGAUGGUGGAACUGAAGGACGCACUGGUAGAAUCUCCUCCGUUGGCGUUGGCGUUGGCGUGAUGCUUGAUGGAGGAAGCUGGGGUGAUAUGGUUGGAGAUGUUUGGGGUGAAGUCUGCGAUGGUGUGGUUGAAGGACUUACUGAUGGAGUCUGUGGUGGUGAGAUUGGAGGAGUCUCCGGUGGUGUGAUUGGAAGUACUGAUGGAGGCUGCGGUUGUGUGGUUGGAGGACGUAUUGGUAUAGUCUGUGGUGGUGUGGUUGGUGAUAGAUUGUUUGGUGAAAACGUUGGUGGUAGGAUGUUAGGUGGUGUCUGCGGUGGGGGAGCCAUUGGUGUUAUUGGAGAAUUCUGA